CCCCCUCCACACCCCCCUCUCCCCCGCCCAACCCCACGAAGAAUGGGGGCUGUGCUCCUCAAGCGUGGGGGCUGUCUCCUGCUGUGGCUGGCCCUGCUACUGAGCUGCUGGGCUGAGCUUGGCAGUGGUCUGGAGUUCCCAGGGGCUGAGGGCCAAUGGACCCGCUUUCCCAAGUGGAAUGCCUGCUGUGAGAGUGAAAUGAGCUUCAAUAUGAAGACACGCAGCUCCAGUGGGUUGGUCCUCUAUUUUGACGAUGAGGGGUUCUGUGACUUCCUGGAGCUGAUCUUGACCCAAGGGGGGAGGCUUCAGCUCAGCUUCUCUAUCUUCUGUGCUGAGCCUGCCACCCUGCUGACUGACACACCUGUCAAUGACAACCUCUGGCACACAGUGGUCAUCCACCGCCAUUUUAAGAACACGACACUGCUCAUUGACCAGACCGAGGCAAAGUGGGUGGAAGUGAAGUCCAAGCGGCGUGACAUGACUGUCUUCAGUGGCCUCUUCUUGGGUGGGCUCCCACCCGAGCUGCGCUCAGCAACCCUGAAACUGACGCUUUCCUCGGUGAAGGAUCGGGAGCCCUUCAAGGGCUGGAUAACUGAUGUCAGGGUCAACUAUACACAGGCCUCACCUGUGGAGAGUCAGGAGGUGCGGCUGGAUGAUGAGCAGAGCCGCCUGUGCGCCAGGGAUGAUGUUUGCCUCAACGGUGGCAUCUGCUCGGUGCUCAAUGACCAGGCUGUCUGCGACUGCUCACAAACCGGCUUUCGGGGGAAGGACUGCAGUGAAGAAGACAACUAUGUGGAAGGUCUGGCGCACCUGAUGAUGGGCGACCAAGGAAAAGAAGAAUAUAUUGCAACAUUCAAGGGAUCGGAAUAUUUCUGCUAUGAUUUGUCCCAGAACCCCAUACAGAGCAGCAGUGAUGAAAUAACUCUGUCAUUUAAAACACUUCAGAGGAACGGACUGAUGCUUCAUACAGGAAAAUCAGCUGAUUAUGUCAAUCUUGCACUGAAAAAUGGAGCUGUCUCGUUGGUCAUUAAUUUGGGCUCAGGGGCCUUUGAAGCACUGGUGGAACCUGUGAAUGGAAAAUUUAAUGACAAUGCCUGGCAUGAUGUGAAAGUAACCAGGAAUCUGCGUCAGCACUCAGGCAUUGGACACGCUAUGGUGACAAUAUCAGUGGAUGGAAUUCUGACUACUACGGGCUACACGCAAGAAGACUACACCAUGCUGGGUUCUGAUGACUUUUUCUAUGUUGGUGGCAGUCCUAGCACAGCAGACCUACCAGGGUCACCAGUCAGUAACAACUUUAUGGGCUGUCUCAAAGAGGUUGUAUAUAAAAAUAACGAUGUCAGACUGGAGUUAUCUCGACUUGCCAAGCAAGGAGACCCUAAAAUGAAGAUUCAUGGAGUUGUAGCAUUUAAAUGUGAGAAUGUUGCAACCUUGGAUCCAAUCACAUUUGAAACACCAGAGUCUUUCAUCUCUUUGCCAAAGUGGAAUGCCAAGAAAACAGGGUCAAUAUCAUUUGACUUUCGCACAACUGAGCCAAAUGGACUGAUUCUUUUCAGUCAUGGAAAACCAAGGCAUCAGAAAGAUGCCAAACACCCACAAAUGGUAAAGGUUGACUUUUUUGCCAUUGAGAUGCUUGAUGGUUACCUUUACCUGCUGUUAGACAUGGGAUCGGGUACUAUUAAAAUAAAAGCCUUGCAAAAGAAGGUGAAUGAUGGAGAGUGGUACCAUGUGGACUUUCAGCGGGAUGGACGGUCAGGUACCAUUUCUGUGAACACAUUACGUACACCUUACACUGCACCAGGAGAAAGCGAAAUCCUAGACCUAGAUGAUGACUUGUAUCUUGGGGGCUUGCCAGAAAAUAAAGCAGGGCUGGUCUUUCCAACAGAGGUGUGGACAGCACUUCUCAAUUACGGAUAUGUUGGCUGCAUCAGAGACUUGUUUAUUGAUGGCCAAAGCAAGGAUAUUCGACAAAUGGCUGAAAUUCAAAGCACUGCUGGAGUGAAACCCUCAUGCUCAAGAGAAACUGCAAAACCAUGCCUGAGCAACCCCUGUAAAAACAAUGGUGUAUGCAGGGAUGGGUGGAACAGAUAUAUCUGUGAUUGUUCUGGUACAGGCUACCUUGGCAGAUCAUGUGAGAGAGAGGCAACAGUUUUAAGCUAUGACGGAAGUAUGUUUAUGAAGAUACAGCUCCCUGUUGUGAUGCAUACAGAGGCAGAAGAUGUGUCCUUACGGUUCAGGUCUCAGCGAGCUUAUGGCAUUUUAAUGGCAACUACUUCUAGGGAAUCUGCAGAUACACUUCGUUUAGAGCUGGAUGCAGGACGAGUUAAACUAACGGUCAACCUAGACUGUAUCAGGAUUAACUGUAAUUCCAGCAAAGGUCCAGAAACCCUUUUUGCUGGCUAUAACCUCAAUGAUAAUGAGUGGCACACGGUACGUGUGGUUCGUCGAGGAAAAAGUUUAAAGUUAAUGGUGGAUGACCAACAAGCUAUGACAGGUCAAAUGGCUGGUGAUCACACGAGACUGGAAUUCCAUAACAUAGAGACAGGAAUAAUAACAGAACGCCGCUACCUGUCCUCUGUUCCCUCUAAUUUCAUUGGACAUCUGCAGAGUCUCACAUUUAACGGCAUGGCAUACAUUGACCUAUGUAAAAAUGGAGACAUUGAUUAUUGUGAGCUAAAUGCCAGAUUUGGUUUCAGGAAUAUCAUAGCAGAUCCUGUCACCUUUAAAACAAAAGCAAGCUAUGUUGCACUGGCUACACUACAAGCCUACACAUCUAUGCACCUUUUUUUCCAGUUCAAAACAACAUCACUGGAUGGACUGAUACUCUAUAACAGUGGAGAUGGAAAUGAUUUCAUUGUAGUUGAAUUAGUUAAAGGGUAUUUACAUUAUGUGUUUGAUUUGGGAAAUGGUGCAAAUCUCAUCAAAGGAAGUUCUAAUAAACCUCUGAAUGACAAUCAGUGGCACAAUGUGAUGAUAUCGCGGGAUACCAAUAAUCUUCAUACUGUGAAGAUUGACACUAAAAUCACAACACAAAGCACAGCAGGAGCCAGAAACUUAGACCUCAAAAGUGAUUUGUAUAUUGGAGGAGUGGCGAAAGAAAUGUAUAAAUCCUUACCAAAACUAGUGCAUGCAAAGGAGGGAUUUCAAGGUUGCCUUGCAUCAGUUGACUUAAAUGGACGUCUUCCUGAUCUGAUCUCGGAUGCUCUGUUUUGCAACGGACAAAUAGAAAGAGGAUGUGAAGGCCCCAGCACCACAUGCCAAGAGGAUUCGUGUGCAAACCAAGGAGUGUGCUUGCAGCAGUGGGAUGGAUUCAGCUGUGACUGCAGUAUGACCUCCUUUAGUGGACCAUUGUGCAAUGACCCGGGAACAACAUAUAUCUUUAGCAAAGGUGGUGGACAAAUCACAUACACGUGGCCUCCUAAUGAUCGGCCAAGCACUCGUGCUGACAGACUGGCAAUAGGGUUUAGCACUGUUCAAAAAGAAGCAGUUUUGGUACGAGUAGACAGUUCUACUGGGCUCGGAGAUUAUUUAGAGCUGCAUAUUCACCAGGGAAAAAUUGGAGUUAAGUUUAAUGUUGGAACUGAUGACAUCUCUAUCGAAGAGAUCAACGCAAUCAUUAAUGAUGGAAAAUACCAUGUAGUACGUUUUACAAGAAGUGGUGGCAAUGCCACAUUACAGGUGGACAGCUGGCCAGUUAUAGAACGUUACCCGGCAGGAAACAAUGAUAACGAGCGCCUGGCGAUUGCUAGACAGCGAAUUCCAUAUCGACUUGGUCGAGUAGUUGAUGAAUGGCUACUCGACAAAGGGCGUCAGCUUACAAUCUUCAAUAGCCAAGCAACCAUAAAAAUUGGAGGCAAGGAACAGGGUCAUCCAUUCCAAGGCCAGCUCUCUGGUCUUUACUACAAUGGCUUGAAAGUUCUGAAUAUGGCAGCUGAAAAUGAUGCUAACAUCGUGAUAGAAGGAAAUGUGAGACUUGUUGGUGAAGUGCCUUCUUCUAUGACAACUGAAUCAACAGCCACAGCAAUGCAGUCUGAGAUGUCCACGUCAGUUAUGGAAACUACCACCACUUUGGCCACGAGCACUGUCAGAAGAGGAAAGACCCCUACAAAAGAACCUAUUGGUCAGACCACAGAUGACAUCCUGGUGGCCUCGGCCGAAUGUCCCAGUGAUGACGAGGAUAUUGAUCCCUGUGAGCCGAGCUCAGGUGGGUUAGCAAAUCCUACCAGAGCAGGAGGAAGAGAAUACCCAGGCUCAGCUGAAGUAAUUCGAGAAUCCAGCAGCACAACAGGCAUGGUGGUUGGAAUCGUUGCAGCAGCGGCACUGUGUAUCCUAAUCCUUCUUUAUGCCAUGUACAAGUACAGAAACAGAGAUGAAGGCUCGUACCAUGUAGAUGAGAGUCGAAACUACAUCAGUAACUCAGCACAGUCCAAUGGGGCUGUGAUUAAGGAAAAACAGCCCAACAGUGCUAAAAGUUCCAACAAGAACAAGAAAAAUAAGGAUAAGGAAUACUAUGUCUGAUCCCAACAUCUAAGAGAACACUUGUAUAGAAAUAGUCUUCAUUUUAUCUGAGACAUAAUACAAACUUAUUUACUUUACUUUUUAUGAAGCACAUAAAAAAAAAGAAGACAGGGAACGCAAUCAGAAAGGAAAGACUGUUUUAAAAACAAGCAUUUCAUGCUCUUGUUUUUCAGAAACAGGAGCCAAUAAAUUUCUAAAUAUCCACAGUGUUUUCAUUUACUCUGCCUGUCUUUAUGUUGCUGGAACAUUUCUGAAAGACAAUGAUGAUACCACGCAUUCAUAAAGCAACGAGUAUUACUACAACAUCAACAAACUAAAUAAAAAAACAAAACUCAGACACACACACACACACAUACAGAAAAAAAAAGAAGCUACCUAUGAUUCUGGAUUUAGCCAAAGUGCUAGCGCUUUCUUGAGAAGUAAGUUAGUCUUAUUGCCAGAGAAGACUGUCAUUAUAUAUGGUGACUCAACAAGCAAACAUAAAAAGUUUGCCACCUGGUGCAGUGAAACUGAUUGGAAACUUGCAUUUGAAAUGAAGUGCUGGCUUUUCUGAAGACUUAUGUAAAAACAUUUUCAAAAAGCCCCUUUCUGGUUGUGAGGAAAUAGUAUGGAGGCCUUAUUUUCAAAAACAAAACAAAAAAAUGUGGAAUAUAAGGCACAUUUUCACAAAAAGCAAACAAACAUAGAUGCAAUCAUUGGGAAAUUUUCAUGCACGCUUAAUAUGUUAUUACAUAUGUUUAUAUAAAACACAUCUAUAUGUGCUUUCUGGACCGUGAUAAGUGAUGUUUUAUAGCCUGUUGUAUAGAAAAUGCAAACUAUAUCUGCUCUUCAGCCAUUUUUGGUAAACUCAAUGUUCUAAGUGUUCCUAGAUAUAGAAAGUUUUAUGACAUCUGGAGCAACAGACAUAAAUUCAGUUUUUUGCAGCCACUAUAAAUUGUCACAAAUUUCUUCCUUUUUUUUUAAAUUUACAGUGUAGUGAUUAUACUAAGGGGAUGUGUAUGAAUGUACAUAAGAGUCAGCUAAUUUUUUUCUCACCUGUACAGCCUCUAUUCUGUUGCAAUUCAGUUAUAGUAGUUUGUAUGAAAGAAGUGGAUUAAAAAGCAAAAAAUAUAUAUCUAUUGUAACUUUUCUCUCCCCUCUAGUUCCCAUCCCCUGCUCCCCAUGUACAUCAAUAAAGUCAAUCAGAAUUGCAGAUUUUCCCAUAAAUGUAUCACAUUCAUAAACGAGUUAUCAUUUAGCAAGGUAAAGUGACUUUUGGGCUGUAAUCAAGGUUACAUCACUGAAUAGUCUGUUUUCCUUUACAGAAAUCUUGCUCUCCAGGAAACUAUGAAAAAGUUUAAUUCCUUGUGAAUCUUAAUAGGAAUCAUACGGCAUGUAUUUGGCAUUCUUUUACUACACAGUUGGUUGGUAAGAGACCUAAAAAGGUCUACCACUUUAAAUUACUUCCACUGAGGAAUUACCCUUCCCCUAAAUAAAUAAAUAAAUAAAUAACUUGAGAUGCAUCUUGCUAAACAUUUUUCAAAGGUUUGCAUUUUGUCAUAUGAGAAAGUAUUUUAAGCUAAGUUGAUUCCAUAGUAUUACAUGAUACAUAACCUGGCGAUGAAAUAUAAGUUGAUCAGUGAUCAUAUUUUAAAAUAAAAUUUAAUUGCUGCAUAUAUUAGUUAAGCACAUAUUAAAUAUCAUAAUGUUAUAGAUUUAUACAUUAAGGUUUUAUUAAUAUUGUUUCAUUGGGUUCACAGCAAUAAAUCAUAGAGUUAACAUAUCACUUAUACAGAGGUACAAAGAGAAUACAUUAGACAGAGAGAGUAGUUCAACAGAAAUCUUCUGAAUCAUUGGAAGGCCUCCUAGGAGAAAUAUAGAUAUUCACAAUUUACAGACAGGAAAAAAGAAUUUAAAAUUAGCUUUAAACAGCAGGGCCAACAUAUCUUCUUGUGUGUUAUUCACUGUAGCUGAUGAAAAAUGUGGGAACUGGUACAGCGAUCUAUCUUGGACAGAGAGGACAUAUAUCUGAGAAUGCCACUGUGGUUGCCAAGCAAAUUGUGGUGCGUAUCAUAGUGUAUAUGUAAUGGGAUUUUUAUUUUUAUGAUUGUUUGCAGAAAGUGAAAGUGAGGUUGCACAGAAUUUUUUUUAAUCCAUUCAAAAAAAAAAUAGAUCAUUGUUCUCCUGUGGCAUUCUUCACUUCCCCACCUUUGUUAGUCAGCUGUAUUCUGGGAAAGACAAGGAAUAGGUAUAUUCAAGAUCAAUAUUAAAAUCAUGAUGUUUUUAGUCAGUGGGGAAAAAAUAAGUUGACUGCCAGGUAAUGUUCAGAACUGAGAUUUCCAGCACUGAAAGGUAUAUGGAAGGGCAAAGAUAACCUGUAUAUAGGAAUUCUGAGAUGGUACAAUGUAUGCUUUGGGCAGAUUGAAAUGUUUCUUUCCAGCUUGGUAUUGACUGUAUUAGCCUAGGAGGUGCAACCAGGCUAUCUUUCAAGCAGUUAACAUGCCAGUAAGUGAAUAUUUUAACUAAAUAAAUAUAUCAAGGAAUAAAGGGUGUACAACUGUUAAAAGCAAACAUUAUUUACAACUCUUUCUGGAGGUUCUCCUUUUUCUCUUUGAUUUCAUGAUUUAACAAUGAAGAUGCAUAGAAGUAUAAGAGCAUCAGAAGUUUCAGUAACUGAAUUAAAAUGUUUUAAACAUUUUAAUACCUAACAUACCUAACAAAAAUUGGAUUCCAUAUCUAUAACAAUCUUAUGUGUUUGACUGAGAUAGCUUCAUUUCUAUUACUGUAUAGUGUUGCCUUUUUAACAAAACACUAAAAUAAUAUGUGAAAUGAUUUCAUCCCCAAGAAAUCAAAAAAGAGGCCCAAUGCCCUAACCUUAUAGUGCUUUCUGUGAUAGAUAUUAACGAAUUUUUUUGAUUUGUUGCAAAGCCAAUUUAUCCAUUAUUGGAAAUGCUAAGCAAGUGGAAUUUACUGUUUUGUUAAUAAAAUGUUUCUUAAUACAAA